ACAACCGUUUCCUUUGCAGCACCGUUUCGUCUGUGAUCAACUCCCACGCGGCCACGUUUUAUGCCGACGUCGUUGCUCCGUACACUAAGCUAGGAGUGAAGCAAGCUAUGCGGGUGACACAUUUGCUUGAAUUCGGCAGCGGCACGCUGAUGACUGCGUUCGCCGUCGUGGUGCCUUACAUAGGAACUGCGAUGCGGAUCAUCAUGGCAUUCUACAGUGGCGCAUCCGGGCCAUUUGCUGGCAUGAUAAUCGUGGCCCUUUGCCUUCCGUGGACCAACACUAAGGGCACAGCAGUAGCUUCAUCCAUUGUAUUCGCUCUUGAACUAUACCAGACUGUGGGAAGAACGCUGUCUGGGCUUGAACCGCCAAGGAUGAAUACUACGUUGCUGCGUUGCAGCCAUAAUGUUACUGCAAGCUGUACAUCUAACGACCUUGCUGACCUAUCUCGCCAUUCAGAGCGCACAAACAAUCUCACAUGCGUUCAACAAGGAACGUCUGCUAACAGGUUUGUAUGUUGA